CAGAUUGCUGGCUCGUGUGGCUGUGGUUGGGCUGUGGUCGAGACUGUGGCCAGGACAGGGCCGCGGCCGAGACCGCCAGCCAGCAAGUCGACGGAGCAAGUCUCGUUCGGCACAUGCUCGGCUGGGCAAUGUUGCUUUGCUGAGCGUGGCCCAGCACGGUCCGGCAUGGCUCGAGAUCGGCUCACAUUCGACGGCAUUCGAUGGCAUUGGUUUGCAUUCGGUGGCAUUGGCUUGCAUUGCGCCGCGUAGCAUCACAUCACAUCACAUUGCAUCACAUCGUAUUGCAUUGCAUCACAUCAUUUCAGGACGGAUGCGAUGGUGUGUGGCUGCGCCCUGCGCAACUUCAUGAAGGCCCACCCACUCGGCCCACACUCUUGGCAAACAUUCUUCGCCCACACUUUGCACUCUGCUCUCUACCCUUCGCACGUAUUCCUGCUUUGUAUCGCAGGACAGCGGCUAUUCCCCGUGCUCCCUUCCUUCACAUCCCUUCCCUCCGUAUUCUGUCGCCUCGUUUCCCGCCCGCGACUUUACAGUCCCUCGAUAUCAAAUGCCAUGCCAUGCCAUGCCAUGCCAUGCCAUGUCCUGUCCUGCCAUGUCCUGUCCUGCCACGUCCUGCCAUAUCCUAUCCUGUCGAGUUCGCGCGCCGAGCCCAGCUGCGGGGCCGGCUUGCUACGGCGUCUGCAUCCUGCACCCUCCUGAGAUGCCAGCCCUGGUUCGACACCAAUACCAUUGACGCUGACGCUCUUGAUUCCAUUCACUUCGCUUCCGCUUCCCCAUAUCCCACAUCCUCACGUCCCCACAUCCCCACAUCCCCACAUCCCCACGUCCCCACAUCCCCACAUUCCCACAUCCACAUUACCGCACGCUCGCCGUCUAUCCUCGCAGGCCUCACCAACUCGCCCAGCAAGUGGCCAACUUUGUCCUCUUUGUCGAGCUCUGGUCGACCGACGAGCAGGAAAACCGCUCGCUCGUUCAAUACCACUCCCAGUCCGACCGUGCGCAUCUGCGGUUCCCACACGAGGCCCGUUUCGAGCAAUCCGGAGGCAGCGGCAGUAGCAGCAGCAGCAGCAACUCCAAGCGACCUCUGACAUCACAAGUGCGCACGCUGUGCGGCAAGUGUGUCGCCCAUAGCGAGUUCCUGAUCAACGAAAUGGGAGAGGAGGUGGUCCUCUUCAUCUUCCCAGAGAUCAACAUCCGCGUCAAGGGCGACUACAAGCUCAAGUUUGUG